AUGGCGUCACCUCGCAAUCCCAUCGAUCGUUUUCUUGAGGGGAUCAACACCGCAGACCUCGAACUCAUGUUGAAUGCUUUUGCACCGGAUGCUGAGGUCAUCGACGACGGAAAGAGUUUCACUGGAGAUGCUAUUAUAGCCUUGUGCGAACAUGGAAUUAUAGGUCACCAGGCACGAGUCAAAGUGCUGGACCAAACGGUUCGAAAUGAUGGCAGGACACAAACCCACAUCAUGAUGGAUGGCGAUUUUGGCAAGGAGUUCGGCAUCCACGAACCAUUCGAUUUGUUCCUUGUCGCCACAGUGAAGGGUGACAACAUAAUACAUCUCGACAUGGGUGAUGUAGAUCCUGAUAAACCAACAAUGCGGGCGGUCUACGCGUCAGUGGCCAGCCCACAGGAUCCAUUGUCAUCGGUCCGAAUCGGUCAAAGGCAUCGUCCAGAGUCAAGGGAAGGAUGGGUCCGAGUCAAGAUGCAGGCAGUGGGUCUGAACUUUCACGACAUCUUCACAUUACGAGGAAUGCUGAUGCAUGAAACCCGAUACCCAAUGAUUCUGGGUAACGAGGGUGCCGGAUUGCUCGAGGAUGGAACUGAGGUUGCCGUCUAUCCAGUCAUGGGUGAUCCUGAUUGGAAAGGGAAUGAGACACUCGAUCCAAAAAGACACGUAUUCGGCGAAGUUGUCCAAGGAACCCUUGCCGAGUACGCUAUGAUUCCCACAAGAAACGCCGUGCCUAGGCCCAAAGGACUAGAUGCGAAGUCGGCAAGCGUGAUGGGCAUUGCCUGGUUGACAGCUUAUCGCAUGUUGUUCACCCAGGCAAAAAUCAGAGCCGGUCAAACCAUUCUGGUGCAAGGGUCAUCUGGUGGGGUGACGACAGCGCUCAUUCAGCUGGGCUCUGCCGCCGGCUUCCGUGUAUGGACAACAGGCCGGACGAAGGCGAAACGCGAACUGGCCAGAUCGCUUGGUGCAGAGAGUACUUUCGAGCCUGGGGCGAAACUGCCAUAUCUUGUUGAUGCCGCGUUCGACACAUCGGGAGCGUCAACAAUUUCACAUUCUUUGGCCUCUGUGAAGCCAGGUGGGACGAUUGUGUCGUGUGGGAGACAUUCAGACAGCGCCUCGCCCAACAUCUCGAUCGACUUGUUGCAUUUGAUGGUGAACCAGAUUAACUUGGUAGGGGUCUACACGGGAACACGGGAGGAAUUCGUCAACCUACUGGAUUUUGUGACCACCUCUGGCAUCAAGCCGCAUAUUGGCAAAGUCCUGCCUUUGGCGGAGGCUGCUGAUGGACUGAAGGAGAUCUGGCAAGGCAAAACAAAUGGGAAAGUUGUCGUUCAGAUUUGA